AUGUCUCAAAGUUCAGGAAAGAAUGAUUUUGUCAAGGCAAAGAUUGAAAGAACUUCUAAAGGAGUCAAAUGCAUAGGUUUGAAGAGUGGUUCUUCUCAACCAUCUUCUGUGUCAAAGAAAGCUCCUGGGAAGACGAAGACAAGAAACCCAGCAAGAAAGACCUACAUGUCAAAGGUUCAGAACAAAGAACCCACAAAUGUUCCUCACUAUGAGGAUGUUACUGAUGAAGAGGAAAUCAAUGAUGAAGAUUCUCCUAUGAAAUCGCCCCCUGAUGUUAUGCCCGAUGUUGAGACAUCUUGGUCUAAGGAAAUUUGUGAUCAAGAAAAUCCUGGAAAUGAUUCCACUUCUCAUGAAGAUUCAGGCGAUGCUACCCAGCCUGAUGUUUCUAUAUCAUCCUCUUCGAAGGAUGCUGAUCCAAAGAAUGGCAACUCUGAGGAUACCAAUUCUGAAGAGGAGACAAUUAGGGUGAGCACUGCCAGGAAGCUCAAGGUUGAUGCUUUGCUUCUCAAGCUGCAAGAAGAAGAACGCCAAGGAGGAGAGCAAAGUGCUGCUGCUACUGCUGCUCAGGAUGGGAGCAAUGAAGAGGAGGAAGGAUCUGCUGAAAGUGAGGAGGAGAGUGCAGAAGAGUCUGGAGAGGAAUCCAGUUCUGAAGACUAG